CAGUGUGCGUCACAGCUAUCGGAAAACGAGAGGAAGCAGCGCGCACGAAGACCAAGUUUGCCGGGUUCCAAGCGACGCAUCCUGUAGGCCGACAGCGCUCGCUUAUUCUCUCGAACACUCAACUAGCAAAAUGACCGUCAAACUGCAAACCAAAUUGAUUUCUGCCUUCUUUGGUUCCAUCGUGUUGGCAAUUAUGCUGUGGGACCGUGGCACCGAACUCGGUUACGAUGACAACCCUCUCAACUACAGGGAGGAAGGUGACGAGAGGGUCAUUCCUCGCGGCAAACGAAACGUUCCUGUAUCAAGACUCAAUGAAGCCUACAAUUUGCUUAUUGCGGCUGAUGCGUGCUGUCCGAACAUGCCUAAAAUCAUUCCAGACGACGCCCAAGUCCAAUGCGAUUCAGUGUUGGGGGGAGCCGCGAUCGGCAAGAAGCAAAGAAAGAAAAACACCAGGAAUAAGGCAGGAAACCUGAACUUCUUCCAAAGGCUGGGCAAAAGAUUAUUAGGCUCAAACACCAACGCCAAUACUAAUAGCAACAACAAUAAAAACAAAAAUAACAAAAAUAACAAGAACAACAAGAUCAACAAGAAUAAUAAGAAUAAAGUUGCUAGACAGGGCCGUCAAACAGCAAAGCAACAGCAAAAAAUUCUGCUCUCAUCGGUGUGCUAUUCAGCAUGCAUAUUCACUUACAUGGGCUGGUUGAACGAUUCGGCCCUGGAGCUAGACGCCAUUGAAAGGGACUUUUUGGACACCGCGAGCCAACCAACCUGGGACACCAAAAUCCAAGACGGUCUGUACACUUGCGAAGAGCCCUCGGCUUGUGCUACGCCAGAGGUGAUCACCGUCACUCAAGGCUAUUGUUCAAUCAAGCCUACCAUCCUUUUGAACUGCAUCAGGAAGCAGCUCGUUUUGAGUUGCCCAGAUCCCGUCAAAUCUACAACUUGCAACAAGAAAUUGGCGCAGCUCAGGAGGCAAGACAUGACAGGAACUUUUAAAAAUAAUCGCAUCCAGAACAAACGAUUCGUAUUUCAUCAAUAUUUUCCUGCAAUGUUUGCCGUGAGAUUGCAUAAGAAAUACGCCGUCAUUCCCCUAGUGACUUCGAUAAUUAUUGCAAUUGCACUGUGGGCACGAGACACCGGAGAAAACCUCAACCCUCGAAACUACAGAGAGUUUGGGGACAUUCGCGUUCUUCCCCGCGAUAAAAGGCAAAGCUACUCAUACAAGUUGCACGAUGUUUACACAAAAUUCUACAGAGCGAGUCAGUGCUGCAGAAAACCCAUGCCGUACCUUCUGCCGGAGGAUGGUUUGACAUCUUGUCCGCCGGCAGACGCCAACGGUGCGUACGUGACAAACGCCAAGAAGAAAGUGGGACAGCGGAAGAAUGCGAAUCAGAAUAAAAGGCAGCGCAACACUAGUUGGUUCCAGCAAAUUUCUAACACCCUGUCAAGAACGGUCCGCAGAGCUACGAACAAGGGGAAAAAAGCGAAAAAAGCUAAAAAUGCAAACCAAAAUAUUAGACUUGGACGUCAAUCUGAGGCUGCUCAAAAGAUUUCGUUGAAGUUUGUGUGCUAUAAUGACUGUGUCUUCAACGAGAUGGGAUUGAUGAACGGAUCCUCGAUUGAUUUAGACGCGGUUGAGCAAACGUUUCUCAGUACGAACCAGGACUCUGGGUGGGCUCAGUACAUCCAAGACGCUCUCUACACUUGCGAGGAACCUUCUGCCUGUGCCACUCCGGAAUCUCUUCUUGUGAGUGGAUUUUACUACAGCAUCCGACCGACGAUUUUGAUGAACUGCAUGUACAAGCAACUCCUCAACAACUGCGAUCGCAAACAAACCACAGAAUGCAACACGGCCUUUUCGCAAGUUAGGAAGCUCGACGUGUUCAAACAACACCGCAGUUAAACUUAAAGUGAAAAUUUAUCUGACUGCAUUUCAAAAAAUUGUUCAACCGAAUUCAUUUGAUCCACAUUGAAUAAAAAAAAUAUGGCAGAGAAUCA